AUGGCAGAUUAUCGCCAUUAUCCCCUCGCAAAUGACGUCGACAACAGGAGUUAUUCAACAGAGAAAGAAGAGGAGAACCGAUCGGGAGAUGUGAUCUCUCACCUCGCAGACCCAUUCGGGGAUGAACAUGAUGCCGAAAUUAAGUAUCGGACGUUACAAUGGUGGCAAUGUGGCAUGAUCAUGAUCGCGGAAACCGUCUCCCUCGGUAUUCUGUCUCUUCCAUCGGCUGUCGCAGUCCUAGGCCUUGUGCCUGCAAUCAUUCUUAUUGUCGGACUCGGUGUAGUCGCAACGUACACUGGAUAUGUCAUCGGCCAAUUCAAACUCAGAUACCCGCAAGUACAUAGUAUGGGAGAUGCUGGGGAGGUGAUGUUCCAUCCUCUUGGUCUAGCUCGCUUUGGUAGGGAGUUCUUGGGAACGGCGCAGCUGCUUUUUCUCAUAUUUGUCAUGGGCAGUCAUAUCUUGACUUUCAGUGUUAUGUUGGAUACAGUAACAGACCAUGGGACUUGCUCGAUUGUAUUUGGGAUCGUUGGCUUAGUUGUCUCCUUCGUCUUUUCCUUGCCUCGAACUCUUCGCAAGGUUUCGUGGUUCUCGUUUGCUUCCUUCGCAAGCAUUAUUGCCGCUCUCCUGAUUACUAUGAUCGCUAUUGCUAUCCAGCGCCCCGGUGAUGACAAAGUAGACGCGACUACAACUGUCAGUCUUUCAAAGGCGUUCCUUGCAGUGACGAAUAUUGUAUUUGCUUAUGCUGGGCACGUGGCUUUCUUCGGCUUUAUUUCAGAGAUGGAGACUCCAACGGACUAUCCUAAGACCCUCUACAUGCUCCAAAUAACCGAUACGAGUAUGUAUGUGAUAGCUGCUGUUGUUAUAUAUAUCUACGGUGGGAGGGAUGUGCAGUCACCCGCCCUGAGCUCGACAAAGCCUAUAACAGCAAAGAUUGCAUAUGGAAUUGCCAUUCCUACGAUUGUCAUAGCCGGUGUCAUCAAUGGGCAUGUCGCAUCGAAAUACGUUUACGUCCGUCUUUUCCGAAACACAAAUCACAUGAAGCAGCGCACAUUCCUCUCGGUCGGGUCCUGGGUUGCGAUCAGUCUUGUGUUAUGGGUGAUAGCCUGGAUUAUUUCUGAGGCAAUUCCUGUGUUCAAUACUUUGCUGAGUCUGAUCACUUCCCUUUUUGCUAGCUGGUUUACCUAUGGCCUGAGUGGUAUAUUCUGGCUGUUCCUGAAUCGAGGCCAGUAUGGGGCGUCCUGGAAAAAGAUGGUUCUAACUGUUGUCAACCUGGUGGUUAUCGGGAUUGGUGCUUGCUUGUGUGGCAUGGGCCUUUGGGUUUCCGGUAAGGCAAUGCACGAUGAUUCCAGUGGUGCCAGCUUUUCAUGUACUGCCAGAAGUGGAUGA